AUGGCGUCGUACCAGCUCCGGCGUCUCUUUGGCGGCCUGCGCGUCAACGCCGGACAGACGGUCCGUCGCGGCCUCGAGGACUUCUUCCCCGUGCAACAAGCGCUCCACGAAGGUGCGAAACCCGACAGCCGCACGAAAGUACCUGCGAGCGUGGGCUCCAAACAAGUGGUCGUCGGGGGCGACUGGAAAGCCUGGAUGCUGCGCGAAAAGAGCACGGAGGACCUGCACAAGCUAUGGUUCGUGCUGCUGAAGGAGCGCAAUGCACUGCUGACGGAACUGCAGCACUGCCGCGCCAAGAACAUGGCCAUGGCGAACCCGUAUCGACGGACGAAGGUCAAGAAGUCGAUGGCACGGAUCAAAUUGGUGCUGCACGAACGCAGCCAGAUUUAUCAGGCGAAUAAGGCCAAGAAGGCAGCAGAAGAGGCUGUGGGAGCGAUGGAGCAGUAG